CGGUGACCCCGUCCGGCCGUCCUGGCUCACAGGCGCUCCACACUUCUUUCUUUUUUUGGUUUCUUCCCGGCACUCUCCGUGCGCCACGGCACUGCCGCCCACCCACGCCACUGUACGCGGCGGAGCUGAGCUCCAAGGAAGGCGGCGCGCGGCACGACCUGCCAUUCUGUACCUAUGCUAGGCUAGUGCCUACCACACCGACACGACACCGUCUGGAUUCGCCGUCCUCCGCUGCACUGCCGCCGCCGCAAUUCCAUACCACACUCGCUUGUCGCUUCCCUCCCAUUCCGAUACGUCCAGCCAACAAACCCAACACGGGGCGAGCUGCCUCCCAUUAAUUUACUCGCAGCAGACAGUGUACCCUGCACUGUCGGUGGCCGCCUCCCGCCCGCGCACAUGGGUCUCAUGCCAUGGCCUCAUGGGGAGGGGAGAGGGAAGGCACGGAGGGAAUGCGUGGACCGUGGCGGCGUCCGCUCCGGCCUCCGGGAUUAAAGAAUCCAGAGCAUGGCUUCCUCGCGCCUCGGUCUCCUCCUUCCUUGCCUGGCCGUCCAUGUCCUUCUGCUGCUGCUGGACCUGAGAGGAGGAGGAGGUGGUGGUGGUUGUGGCUGGCGGCGGCGCGCCGGCGGCGGCCAUGGGUUGGAGGCGGGGAGGAGGCGCGGAUGGCGUGGCCAGGAGGUGGGUGCUGCUGCUCUGCGUCGGGAGCUUCUGCCUCGGCCUGCUCUUCACCGACAGGAUGUGGACUUUGCCUGAAGCAGAUGAGGUAGAAGUACCAAAUUUAAGAAGAGGGGGAGAGGCUGAGCUUAAGACUGGAGACUGUAAUGUUCAAGGAAAACACAAUUACAAUGACAUGUUGCGUAUCUCAGAUACUCACCAUAAUUCACAGACUUUAGAUAAGACAAUAGCGAACUUGGAGACAGAGCUGUCUGCGGCGAGAACUCUACAAGAUUCUUUUCUCAACGGAUCUCCAGUGCAAGAAGACUACAAGGCUUCUGAGUCUACCGGUAGGCGCAAGUACCUUAUGGUAAUAGGUAUCAACACUGCUUUUAGCAGUCGCAAGAGAAGGGAUUCUAUACGCAACACCUGGAUGCCUAAAGGGGAAACAAGGAAAAAGCUGGAGGAAGAAAAGGGGAUCAUAAUUCGUUUUGUAAUUGGCCACAGUGCUAUUUCAGGUGGAAUUGUCGAUAGAGCAAUUCAGGCAGAGGAUAAGAAACAUGGAGACUUCAUGAGGCUGGAUCAUGUUGAAGGAUACCUUGAACUGUCAGGGAAAACCAGGACAUACUUUGCAACAGCUGUUGCUUUAUGGGAUGCUAACUUCUAUGUGAAGGUUGACGAUGAUGUACAUGUUAAUAUAGCUACACUUGGAAAUAUCUUAUCCAAACAUAUUUCAAAGCCCAGGGUAUACAUUGGAUGCAUGAAGUCUGGCCCUGUCCUCUCUGACAAGGAUGUGAGGUACUAUGAACCUGAGCACUGGAAAUUUGGAGAAGUGGGUAACAAAUAUUUUCGGCAUGCCACCGGUCAACUAUAUGCUAUUUCAAAAGAUUUGGCAGCUUACAUAUCACUAAACAAGCAUGUCUUGCACAAGUAUAUCAACGAGGAUGUGUCUUUGGGAGCUUGGUUGAUAGGGUUAGAUGUUGAGCAUAUUGAUGACCGCAGACUAUGCUGCGGCACUCCACCUGAUUGCGAAUGGAAAGCUCAGGCUGGGAACACCUGCGCUGCCUCAUUCGAUUGGAAAUGCAGUGGUAUCUGCAACUCUGUGCAGAACAUCUGGGGGGUUCAUAAGAAGUGUUCAGAAGAUGAAAAGGCGCUGCUGACCGCAUCUUUCUAAUCGAAGUGCUCUGUGUUGUCUAUCUGUACAAUGUGCAAAGAAUGUGUCUGAUUCAUAUGUAGGCCUGUAACUAGGUGGCUAUGGUUUUACAAUUAGGCAACACCACUGGAGCAGGCCGUGAUUUUUCUCAGCGUCUGCUGGUGGCAGUCGAGGAUUUAAGGGGUGUAGAGCUGACCGAUUCUUUUAACAAGUUGGAUGGCCAUACAUAUAUUGACCUGAAUACCUGAUAAAAGAACACUAUAUAUUUGCAUUUUUCGCUUUCUGAAGGCUA